CACCUCACAGGGUCACUUCACAGGGCUACCUCACAGGGUCACCUCACAGGGUCAGCUCGCAGGGUCACCUCACAGGGUGAGUUGACAGGAGAUAGAUUGUCAGUAUGCAUAGUCUGCUGUGUAACCAUUAUUGCACUUGCAAGAUACACUUCAGAAUGUUACUGUUUGUUUCAAACACCUGGGCGAUUGUUACUGAGGAGAUGCUGUAUGAGGGGCGGUGAUGUUUGUUUCUGAAUUACUGGAGGGUAAUCAGCUCUAGUGCGAAGUGAGGGUUUCCCAGCGGGCAAGCCCUGCUCAGCCUGGCUAAUUAUACCUCUUUCAAAAUGGGUUGAAUAGAGGAAUUCAAAAUAUAACUUGAUUGACUCAUACAUCUGACUUAAAUUAUGAAAUUAAGAGCAUAAACAUAAUUUCAUGAACAGUAUUUUCGGAGGGUUAAAGGUAAGGAAAGGAAAGACAAUAUGAAAUAAAAAAAGAGGGCGAUAGAGAGUGCUUCCUGACAGCAGGCAGCAUCCUCUCUCUCUGUCUGUCUGAGUGAGCGGAGAAAAGGAGCAGGUGCAGCUUUUUCCUUAAAUGGUCGUGGGCUACGUCAUGUGACGCAGCUAACAGUCAACAACACAGCAUCACCAGGAAAAUGGUAGCAGAACAGGUUUAGGGAAGAAGAAUAGCAGCAUAUGUAUAAUUUGGCUCUGAAGGCUGAUGUGCCUGAGGCUCCGUUGAUCGACUGAAAGAAAGGAAUGCAUAACAUUUCAGGGACUGGGGCUGUGAAGUCAAUUUAUUGCCCGGAUCGUCUUUGAAAUCCUACCUCUGCUUUUUCAUAAGGCCACUUCCAGAGGACGGUGACAUGGAGACUCCCUGUGGCCUCACCGACGACAGAGCCUCUCCACCCAACUCUCUGAAUGUGAGUGCAGGUGGAGGAGGGUCCACCCAUCGUAAGCGGCGUACAUUAGUCGCGCCAGACAUGAACCUUUCCCUGGACCACAGCGAGGGAUCCCUGCUGUCUGAUGACUUCCUGGAUACGCCAGAUGACCUAGACAUCAAUGUGGACGACAUUGAUACCCCUGACGACAACGACUCCCUGGAGUUCAUCACCAACGGCAACGAGCUGGAGUGGGAAGAUGACACGCCGGUGGCCAACGCCAAAGCAGGGCCCGGUGGCGGGGAGGAGGAGGAUGGCGCCGACGGGACGGGCGGUAACGGGCGCCUGUGGAGGACGGUGGUCAUUGGGGAGCAGGAGCACCGUAUUGACAUGCAGGUCAUCAGGCCGUACCUUCGCGUCAUCACCCAUGGGGGUUACUAUGGUGAGGGACUUAAUGCCAUCAUAGUGUUCUCUGCCUGCUACCUACCUGACAGCAGCUCUGCAGAUUACCACUACAUCAUGGAGAACCUCUUCCUGUAUGUGGUCAGCAGCCUGGAAAUGCUGGUUGCUGAGGACUAUUUGAUCAUCUAUAUGAAUGGAGCCACACCACGGGGAAAGAUGCCAGGCAUUGGAUGGCUAAAGAAGUGCUAUCAGAUGAUUGAUAGGAGACUUAGAAAGAACCUGAAGGCUCUGGUCAUCGCCCACCCCACCUGGUUUAUCCGCACUGUCCUGGCCAUAUCCAGGCCCUUCAUUAGUGUGAAGUUUAUGAAUAAGAUCCAGUAUGUGCACAGUUUGGAUGAAUUGGCAGAAAUCGUGCCCAUGGAACAUGUGCAGGUCCCGGAGUGUGUCGUGCAGUUUGAGGAGGAAAGGAUCAAAGCUCGAAAAGAAAGGAUGGAGCAGGAACAGGAGCAGCGAAACCCACAUGAGUCUUCUACAGCCAAGCCAGAGAGACCCAAGUCAAUGAUCGCAGAGCAAGGAAUCUGAAAAGGUCCUGCUCCUCUUUAUUCAUCUUAUGUGCUUGAAAGACAUUUGGAGCAUGAAAAUGAGGUCUCAUAGGAUGGAAGAUAAAGGCCAACAAACUGGUUUAAUGUAUCAAUAAUAUGCUGAAUAGUAAUACUUGUUCUAUCAUAAUGUUAACCACCAAUACACCAACACACCCCCCCCCCCCAAACACACACACACACACACAUCCACUCACACAAACCCACACACUCCUCUGAGGAACUUGGCAACUGAUUCCAUCAGGACAUGCCAAGGAAGGUACAGUCCACACAGCUACUGUCUGUUACUAGAAAGUCUGGGAAAGCCAUUACUUCAUUUUACAACCACUGGAAGUAGUUAAUUUUGGACUUACCCCAAAGUUCCCAUAAUAAAUGUUAUAUCAGUUUGAGAUAUAGACGGGUGAACUAACUUUACCGGACUGUAUUUUGUCUUUAACAAGGUCCAGAGUGCCUCACCGAAUAUGGUUUGUACAUUUGCCAUCACCUUUCUAGCUUUCAGGUUGGUGAUUAUUAGAUAUCUGGACACAGUCAAGAAACGAUAUGAAUGUAAGUUCAUUAUCUAAAUUUGCUUGCGGUUAUUUUAAAAUACUGUAUAUUUAUUUUUAUUCUUUUUAUUAUUGUUUCCCAUGUCUGACCUGAGGAAAAAUA